GGAGGGGGCCACCUUUUGUGCAAAUAUAUCAAGAGAAGUACCACCCGCCUCAGAUUACUAAGUGCGUGUGCGCGCGUACGAGAGCGAGAGUAAAAAAAAAAAGCUUUGCACUUCCAGAAAGAUUGGAAAGCUCCACACAGCCUCUUCGCUUGCUUCAUUGCUUGCUUGCUUGCUUUACCGACUGUUUCAGAACAGAACCGAGAGAAACAAAGUUGUGAGGAAAAAAAAAGAAAAGAAAAGCUGUCAUCAUGGACGUGAUAAGAAGAUUGGGACAUGCGUCUUUUGCGUGCACCUUGCUGCUCUGCGCAUUGCAACUGUGCUGCGCAUCUGUGAACGUAAACGUGGCUCCCAAAGUGGAAGUGUUGAAGGAUGAGAACGCCAAGCUGCCCUGCUCCUACACUAUGUCACCGUCAUCCAGCAACACCAUUGUGGAGUGGCAUAUCGAGGAUCAGGGAAUCAGGAAGCGCGUCGCUUACCGUACUCUGGGCGGCGAGGCUAAAAGCGAGAAGGGAACCCAACUGAGCGGCCGGGUGAGCAUCGAUGAGGACUUCACCUUGACCAUCACGUCGGUCCAACCCAAUGAUGAGCUCACCUUCCUCUGCUUGGUCAAUGGAGGAACUGCUGGUGCAGGAGAAGCCUCCACGAUGCUCAAAGUCUUCUUUGCUCCUGAGAAGCCAGACCUCACCCGGCCAUCCAGUCAGGCCAUUUCUGUGGGAGAGACGACCAGCUCAGAGAUCGGUACCUGUGUGACUAUGAAUGGACACCCCCAGCCAAGGAUCAUCUGGUUCAAAGAUGGCAAGCCCCUCGCCGAGGUCAAAGACAGGAAAGAAAAGACUUACAUGAUUCCUUCGGUGGUGAAGGAAGCAUCGGGUCUGUACACGAUCAAGAGCACCUUGUACAUGCAGCCCACCAAGGACGACAAGGACUCGGUGUUCCAAUGCAUGGUGGAGUACAGUUUGGUGGGAGGCCAGAUCAAAGAGAAGAAGUCCGACUCCAUCACCAUCAACCUCAACUAUCCCUCAGAGACGGCGACCUUUACACUCCUCAACACCGAUCCCGUCAAAGAGGGCGAUAACGUCACCAUGAAGUGCGAAACCGACGGCAACCCUCAACCGGAGUUUGACUUCAGCAAAGACGACAAAUCCAUGAACGGCGUUGGUGGUCUUCUGAUGUUGAAAUCUGCCAAACGCACCGACUCCGGCGUGUACACGUGCACGGCAACGGAUUUCGACAACCUCGAUGCCAACUUGAGAGGAGAGAUCGCACUCAACGUGCACUACAUUGAUCCCAUGACUGUGACUCCAGUGGAGCCUCAGGUUGUCAUGCUUGGAGACAACGUGGAGUGGCAGUGUAAGACCAAGGCCUCCGACAUGCACACCGUGCAAUGGAAAAAGGGAUCCGAGGUUCUUUCUCAGGAUGGAACCCUAUCGAUACAAGAUGUGGCAUACAGUCAAGACGGAGAAUACAUGUGUGUCGGAGCUGUGCCGUCAGUGCCAAGACUGACAGCCCAAACGACAGUCAUACUCACCGUCAAAGGAAAACCAAUGAUCGAGAUACCUGUAGCUGCUGAGGUGUCCAAGGAAGGAGACAUGGUGUCCCUGAGGUGCUCGGCUUACGGUUCCCCCGCCCCUCAGUUCACCUGGAAGCCCUCAGGAAAACAGUCGGUGACGGUGGAAGGCAACAAAGUGGUGAGCACCGUCAUCCUGCCGGCCACCGCCGAGGUCAUGAAGGACGGUGUGACCUGCGAGGUCACCAACGAACACGGAACAGAUAGCAGGACCUUCGUCGUAUCUCUCAAAAGAGCUAUUGACAACUCCGCCAACAGAGCUGAAGAGCAGCAGGGAGGUUCCAGCGGGGUGGUGAUAGCCGUGGUGGUGUGUGUGCUGCUGCUUCUGCUGCUGGUGGCGCUCAUCUACUUCCUGAACAAGAAGAGCAAGUUGCCUUGCAGCAAGAAGGACAAGAAGGAAGUGGCCGGUGGAGAAGUGAACAAUGAUAUUGUGGUGGAGAUGAAGACUGACAAGGCCAAUGAAGAAGCUGGGCUCCUCAACAAGAGGUCACCCUCAGAACAGUGAUGAUGAAACAAGACUCGACUGAGUGAUGAAGGGAAGGAGUCAUGAAGAAGAAACAACAUUGGCUUGAGAGGACGGACAUGGGGCAUGGGACGUAUGGAGCUGAGUUUGAUUUCGGGGAUUUUGGGUUUUUAUCACCCGGUGUAAACCUGUUGUCCAAAAAACGACGACACACAUGUGACACGACUGAAUGAAGCUCAUAUUUAACCAAUCACAUCUUCUUUUUUUUUCUUUUUUUUUGAGUCGUGCAGUCAUACACUUCCUUAAAAAACAGUACUUUCAAAUCUACCCUGAAUGCAACACUGUGGAGAAUGUAUGCUGUUACUAUUUUUUCUUGGGGUCUGCACUUAAAUCAUCUUUGUGUGUACCUUUGGGAUAAAUCAUUCCACCUUUUUCACAACUUUUCAUCACUUUGGGCUUCUAAUAAUCAUAAUUUCUGUUCUGCUUCAGCAAUGUUUGAUUAUGUCAUGUUUUCCUGCAUAUGCUACAUGGACAAAAGUACUGGGACAGCUAGCUAAAUACACAUAUUUGAUAAUGAAAAUGUACACAAAAUGUACCCCUAUCCACCAGGACUGACAGUAUUGGGAGUUAUAAGUCAAAUUUUUCCAAACUCAUAAAGCCAAGUAUUAUGGGAUUUCCGGAAACUAUCGGAAGCAUAGAAUUGAACAAAAGUACAUUAGAAUGAUGAAAGUUUACAUACUAUGAUGUCCCUUGAUACAUUAAUAAAUGAAUAAAGGGCUGUGUCCCAAUACUUUUGUCCCCACAGUGCAGGUUUUCCCAACCAUAAUCAGUUCAAAAACUGCCUGCACCUCAGCCUUGUGGUUAUUGGAUGGUUGUAUCGCCAUCAUCAUACAUUUAUCUACAUACAUUUUUGUAUUUUAAGUCCGCCCCUAAAUCUCCUUCAUGAUGUUCUGAUGUUUCGAUGUAUAUUUUUCUCACCCCCCCGCCCCACAAAAAAAAAGCUGCAGACAUCUUGCAUAUAAUCAUGUCAAACUUUAUUUAUAUAUAUAUAUAUAUAUAUAUAUAUAUAUAUAUAUAUUAUUUUUGGUAUGUCCACCAUAUGUCCUAUUUUGCUUUAUAUAAGUCCAAAAUUCUAAUGUAAGGAUACGUUCACUAUUAUUCGGUUUGGUUAAAAUAUACUACAGUUUUCUCUCCUAGUACGUUGUGUUUCCUCAAGUGUGAAAACGAUCAUUCGAAAGACCGCCUCUGGUCCAGUUCGGAUCGCUUGAGCUCAAACAUGAACGCUACAAGGACCAAAGUCACAGACGAGCGUGAGAAUGACGGGAAAAAAGCAUGCCGAAAUUACAACUAUGUACCGUAUUUUCCAGACUAUAAUAUGGGGGGAAAUAUUUAUUGUAUACGGAUACAGUAAAAAAAAAACCAUACCAAAAUACACACCACCAUCCCACUUUAAAAUAAAGUCAGCACAUAUUAAAUUAUAUGAAUAUUUUGAUGUAACUUUCACUUGACUACUACUUCCACAACCAACCAAACUAUGAAAAAAGUGUGACUUGUAGUUUGGAGAAUAAGAGAAAAUGCAAAAAAAAAUGUGAAAUAGAAACAAAAUCGGGGAAAAAUAUAAAAAUAACCGGAAUAUUUGAGUUACCUCAAAAAAAAUAUGUUACGAAAGAUCCCAAAAGAAAAAUAUACGCAAAAAAGUGCACACUAAGCAUCUUUUUCCACAUUAUUACACCGAACCACAAGUGUGAACUCAGUAAACUGUGAGCCAGCUCUAAUGGAAGCAUUUUUCCCCCCCGACCAGAAUAGAAUGAAACCAAUCAAAAGCCCCAAUUUCGCUCCAGCAAGCUAUCAAUGCAAAAGAGGUGAAAUUGAGGCUUUGAGGAGAGGAAAAUGAUGGACAUUUUCUGCUUAUUUUCGGACAAUUAAAGGGCCCGGCAGUUAUAUGAAGAAAUCAGAGGGAAGGGAACAUGUUUGUUUGUUUUUUGUUAAUAUCACUGCAGCAAGUUGGGAAAGGGUGUGGGUCUAAUUUUUUGGUACUGAUUCUUGCCAGUAGCGGCUUGACGUGGCCUUUUACCUUUUGUUGUUGUACACUGGAACGAAUGGCCUUGAGUUGAAAUAAAAAAUUAAAAAAAACAUGAAAAUAAAAAUAAAUGAAACAAAAAGGUCACAUCAAACCACUAUCCAGGGCUCGUUUUGUAUUUUAAUGUGUGUCUCUACUGAUCUUGUCUCCAAACCUAUUGACUGUUAGCCAACCUGUCCCAGCAGGCGUAAACAGGGAUUUUUUUUUUUUUGGUUUGAUUUAAUGUUUUAUAGCAGGGGUGGGAAACCUGUGGCCCACAAGCCCCCGCUAGUGCAUUUGAAAAAAAAAAAAAACAAUAAU